AUCCGAAUCCGCCACGACAACUCCAAGAUGGGGGCGGACUGGUACCUGGACCAGGUGGAGGUGGUGGACGUGGACACGGAGGAGGUCUACAUGUUCCUCUGUGAGCGCUGGCUGUCCAAGAAAAAGGAGGACAAGCGCAUAGAGCGGACCUUCUUCGUCAAGGGCUACGAGGGCGAGAGAAGCACCGACCCCAACUCCAAGAAGAUCAUGCAGGCCAAGUUGGGUCUGGACCGCAACGCUAACAAGAAAAAGAAGAAGAAGAAGGCUGCCGUAGUGGAGGAGGGGCCAGUCAUCCCCUACCACUUCACCGUUUCCACGGGGAUGGACCGGGACGCCAGCACCACGGCCCGCGUCUAUGUCAUCGUCAUGGGACCCAACGAGGUGGAGACGGAGCGAUUGUGGCUGGACCUGCCAGAGGAGAAGAAGACCUUUGCCUCCGGGACCAUGGAGCACUUCCUGUGCUACGGGACUGACGUGGGAGAGAUAAAGAGGGUUGAGCUGGGUCAUAAUGGGGCCACCCCUGAAAGCUGCUGGUUGGUAGACGAGCUCUCCAUAGCCGUGCCAACCAAAGGCAUCAUGUAUAUGUUCCAGUGUAAGUGCUGGUUGGCCAAAGACCGAGGAGACGGGCUGACCACCAGGCUCUUCAACGUCCUGGACGCCAACAGCAUCAACAUCAUUCGCAAGGUCCUUUACGAGGCAACGGUUGUCACGGGCGACACUCAGAACGCGGGGACCGACACUAACAUCUUUUUGACCGUGUUUGGAGCCAAUGGCACUACCGAAGAGAUGCUGCUGGCCAAGAAUGAGAACAGGUUUGAGAGAGGCCAGGAGGACACAUUCAACGUGGAGGUCGAUGACAUCGCUCCUCUGAAGAAGAUCAGGGUUCGGAUUGACGGUUCGGGGAGUCGACCCGAUUGGUUCCUGGACAGGGUCCUGAUGCGUAACAUGACCACAGGGGAGCAGUAUGAGUUCACCUACGAGAACUGGCUGUCCAAGACCAUGGGACCCAAGAGGGUUAAGGUCUGUGAGCUGGCGGCCGUGGUGGAUGAGGAGGAGAUGGUGGAGAGGACCACCUACAUCAUCCAGGUCCAGACCAGCGACGUCGGAGGCGCGGGCACCGACGCCAACGUGUUCCUGAUCAUGUUUGGGGAGAACGGCGACACGGGUACGCUGGCGCUGAAGGAGAACACCAACAGGAACAAGUUUGAGCGGAAGCAGAAAGACGUGUUCCGCUUCGUCGACAUCCUCAGUCUGGGGGAGCUGUCCAAGGUUCGCGUGUGGCACGACAACAAAGGACCAGCCCCGGGAUGGCAUCUGGAAUUCAUUGACGUGAAGGACGAGGCCAUGGACCAGACGUUCCGCUUCCCCUGCGACCGAUGGCUGGCCAAGAACGAGGAUGAUGGGCAGAUCCUGAGAGAGCUAGCCUGUGCCAACCACGAUAUAUUGGACCUCAAUGACAAGACCAAAUACGUCAUUGCCACGACAACAGCAAACACUGACGAUGCCGACACCAAGGAGAACGUCUGGAUGAUCCUGGAGGGGAAGAAAGCCCGAUCCAAGGAGUUUGUGCUGGAGAACACUUCAAAGAAAAAGCGGUUCUUGUGUGGUGCCACCGACACGUUUGAGUUCUCGUCAAAGAACCUGGGGGAACUGCCUGGCAUCUGUGUGGGCCACAUCACCAAGGACGGCAAGAAGGUGAAGGGUGAGAACUUCUGGCACGUCCUGGAGAUAGUGGUGAUGGAGAAGGAGCUGGGGAACAAGUACUUUUUCCACUGCGAUGCCCGGAUCCCCCUUGCCUCCAAGAAGGACCACUUCCUGACCUUUGAGUGUUCCAAGACCAUUGAGAGCUUCGCCAGCAAGGUCCGCAGCCUGGUCCCUGUAAAGUACGAGAUCAUCAUCAUCACGGGGGACGUGAAAGGGGCCGGCACGGACGCCAACGUUUUCAUCACCUUAUACGGCUCUAACGGCGACUCUGGCAAGCGUCCGUUGACGCAGAAGUUCCGGAACUUGUUUGAACGGGGCCGGACGGACCGCUUCGUGGUGGAGAUGCUGGACCUUGGGGAGCUGAUGAGGGUCAAGGUGGAACACGAUAACUCCAAGAACAGCUCCGGCUGGUACCUGGAGUGUGUGGAGAUCACCAACACGGCCAACUCGGUCACCACAAUCUUCUUAUGUGGAAAGUGGCUGGAUCCUCUGAAAGCUGAUGGGAAAUUCGAAAGAGUGCUCUAUCCCAAGUACUGAGAGACAGUUACUAAAGUGGUAUGUACCAGUGAUCAUUCAGACUUAUUUUGUAAUUGGCAGAAUCCCAGAAGACAUUGUUCUAUUCUCAGGAAUACUUUUGGUACGGAAUGCGAUCUGAAUGUAUGUGACAAUAGUUUUUAUUACGCAAACACAAGUGAAUGAUACAUUAAUUCACUAAAAUAAGAAAUGGAUGCGCUUGUUUAAAUGCAUUCUGUAUCCAGAACAUGU